UACAUCAAGCAAUACGUCUGUAAAAAGAAUAUAAAGAAAGAAGACAAACCAGAGAUUGAAGAACAAAUUGUCAAGUCUUGCAGAGUUUGUGAAACUCCGGAAAAUCUAUUGGGUCAUCUCUAAAUGGAUGUCGCAACCGAGUAAAAAUUAAUUUCUGCAAAAAGAGUUUGUGACGACAUGUCGUAGGAUAAUCCAUACCUUUUCCUCUUUUCGUCAUUGGAUAAUUCCUUAAUAUGUCCAAUUGCAUUCAAAGUUUUUCAAAUUAUUUUUUUUAUUUAAUAAAAGCCAAAAAUUAAUUUACACAGCCUUAAAUUAAGCUGUGUUACGUCAUCGAAGGCUACUUUAAGAUAAAUCAAGCUACUUUAGAAAGGAUUUUGAAAAAUUAUUGUAAAAAUCACAGCUAAAAAUGGUGGUAUCAUAAACACAUGCGUUCUUUAGCAAAAUAAACAUUAAAUCUCAGGAUCUUUGCUUUAAGAGAUUAUACCCUCCCAAUACAUAUAUAUUUCUGGCCGCCAUCUUUAAUAAUAAACCAUUAUUUACUUUUUUUUAUAUCUCUGGUUCUGCAAAUGAUAAAAUGUUGAAAUUUGGAUAUGUUGUAUAGGUCAGAAACCUAACUCGGUAAAAAAUAUUUCAAGUCAAUCAAAAUACAUUAAAACAAAAUGGCCGACCACAUGUAAUAAACUUUAGACGCUAAAUGGGAGAAAUUUUUAUUGGGUUACCCAUUAACCAAGCAAAUGUCAAACGGAAAUUUUUUACUUGGUUGCGACAUCCAUUUCGAGAUGACCCAAUAAUUAAUCUUACGGCAAAGGAGUCUAUUCAUUUGAAGGAGAAGCUUCACAAAAUCGGCGAUUUUAAGGUUAAGUACGACCAAUGGCUGAAAUUCAUUUGCAUUCCAUGCAGUUUGCAACUACAAAAUGCCUUUGAAUUUAAAAAACAAUCCGAAGAGACAUACGCCAAGCUUAUUGUUUUCUUAAAUAUCUGGGAAAAUACAGAAAAUACAAAUUCUAAUCAUUCGUUAAAUGAAGAGCAUGAAGAUGAUCAAUAUUCUCAAAAUGGCUGCUAUGACGCGCCAAAUUCGCCUAACUUAAAUAUUGUGAAUGAAGAACCUCCUGUACAGCAGGAAGGUAAUGAGUCUGAGGAGGAUACCAAAUAUUCAGAUUUGUUUGAUUUUGACAAGAUCUGUAAUGAGCUCUUGGAAGAAGAUUUUGAAGAAAAUCCCAAAGAUUUCUAUGGUAAUGAAGAAGAUCAUUCACCUGAGUCAAGUUUACCAGAAGAAGAUCGUGAAAAGACCUACUUUGAUCUCUUUGAAGUUGUUGAAGAUUCCCAAGAGAUUGCCAAUGAAACGGCAUCCCCGAAAAAGAUAGAGCUCCUUCCGGAACUUGUUCGAUUUCUCCGGAAGCAAAAUAAAAUUCCAACGUUGGAUGGAAAAUGGAAAAAGUGGGAAAAGCCCCCACCGCGUAAACCUGGGCGAAAACCUCAAGGCAAGAAGAUCUAUGAGUGUGAAUUAUGUUCGAAAACAUUUUUACAGAAGCAUAACAUGAAAGAUCACAUAGUAUCGAAUCAUUUGAACAAGAGGGCCUACACUUGUGAUUUGUGCGGGAAGGAAUUCAAAUAUAACGGCGAAUUUUACAAGCAUCGCAAGUAUCACACAAUGGAGCCAGGUAGUCAAGGAGAACUUCCCAGAAUUCCUUGUAACAUCUGUGGGAAAAGCAUGAAGAACCCCUUGACUCUCUAUUGUCACAUGAAAACCCACCAAAGAUCGCAAAAUGAGAGGGAAAGGCCCUUUUUGUGUCAUUACUGUGGCUACGCAUCGCCAACAAUGGCCUACCUCCGGGAACACCUGCAGACGCAUCUAGAUGCCAAACCUCACAAGUGUAAAGAAUGCGGAAAGUCGUUUAACUUGAAGGCUGCAUGGUUGUCACAUAUGAAUAUACAUUCCGGCAAGAGGCCACACGGGUGCCAUUUAUGCCCAAAGACCUUCUACAACAGGACACACCUAAGGCAGCACAUACAUACACAUACAGGUGAGAGGGACCAUCACUGCAAAGUCUGCGGAAAGGGUUUCAGAUUUCCAUUCAAUGUCCGGGAACAUAUGAGAGUUCAUACCGGUGAGAAGCCCCACAGCUGUCCAGUUUGUCACAAGAAGUUUGCCCAAGAGAAGACAAUGAAGAAGCAUCUUGUUGGCUGUUCAUCUACUGAGCAUUCAACAAAUCAAUAUGGCGCCGAUGAGGAAGUGCAACAGAACAGAAACUCAGAAAUAGCUUCCACAGAAGGACUAUCUUAUGAAUAGGAAAGGAAAAGUUGAAGGAAGCAUGUUUGAAGAGACUUCUACUUCAGAUUAACUAAUAAACUUGUUGUGAAAAUAAUUUCGUAUGAAAUUAUUGCAAAAAUAAAUUAUCUUUAAAAUUA